AGUUAAUUUGAAUUCUUGUCCCUUUGUCUCAUACGCCGCCGUGCUGGGAGUUUUCUGCUGACUCUUCUUUUUUUUCCAUCCGUUGACUCCUAUUUUCUUUUACCUUUCCACUGUCGCACUCAAACUUUAGACUCCAUUCUCAUCUUUUCCAUUUUUCCCCCAACUUUUAAACUCCCCUUCACCUCCUACUUAAUUAGAUCCAAGUUUCAAUCUUUUUUGUUCUAGAUUCUUAUUAAAGUUUCCACGAGGCAAUUAAAAGAGUUGUGCAGAAAUGGGAAGUGGAAAAUUAGGUGAAUCAGGUAUGAUUGCGCUCACCGCAAAAAUCAUGAUGGCGGUAAUCAUAUUCCUUUUCCUCGUAGUUGUUUUCAUAUUCUUUCUCCACUUAUACGCCAAAUGGUUCUGGGGGUACCGGCAAGAAGACAACGGCAAUCCGAACGCCGGCACAAGGCGGCAGCGCCGUCGACGUUUCGACUUUGGUGGCGGUUAUCAAGAAGUGAAUGUACUCCGCAGCGGACUUGACCCUUCCAUACUUAAAACCAUUCCUGUAGUUCCGUUUAAUAUCAAGGAUUUUAAAGACGGAUUGGAAUGUUCGGUUUGUCUUAGCGAAGUCUCUGAGGGUGAAAAUACGAGAGUUUUGCCAAAAUGCAAGCAUGGGUUUCAUGUUGAUUGUAUUGAUAUGUGGUUUCAUUCUCAUUCCACGUGUCCUCUUUGCCGAAACCCUGUUUCAGAACAGUCUGCAGAAUCAAUUUCCCAGACCGUUGGGCCAUCGGUAGAAGAGGGUUCAGCUUCUACAGAGACACAAAAUAUUCCUACUAAUGUUCUGUUUUGGGGAAAUGAGACUAGUACUACAUCCUCAGCAUCUACGAGCAAUAGACCAGAUGGGAUUUUGGUGAUUGAUAUUCCAAGACAGAAUACAGAACAAGAAGAAGAGGAAGGACAAAAGACACCAACGUCAACACGAUUGAGAUCAUUAACAAGGCUUUUUAGCAGGGUAAAUCCUUACAACGUAGAUGUAGAACAAGGAAGCAGGGGCCAGAGCUAGGAUGGUUGAUUGAUCUAUUGCAUUCCACUGGUAAAACAUUUUGGUAAUUUCUGGCACUGAUGCUCGAAUUUGGAGAUACGAUCAAUAUAGCUUAUCCUAAAUUACUUGGCAUUGAGGCGUAAAACUAUCAUUUACUAGGUUUAGGUUUAUUGAUUGAUUGAUUCUUAGUGCAGAUGAAAAGGUUGUCUGCAAUCUUUAGAUGUAUAUGUAUAUGUAUAUGUGUAUAUAUUGUAUAUGUAUAAUACACAAUGCAAGCGCCAAUGUGCUUCUCUGUUUGA